AUGAGCUUAUCGUACCUCCAAUCGCUUCUUCCCCUCGAAAACCUGGAACCAUACACAUCAGAAUCGGAAGACGUUUUCGGCAACCUCUCCGACGCAGACUUGGGCGUCCUCACGGCACGUUUCCAGACGUUCCAGGACCUGCUUCCGCCGCUCAAAGCGAAACUCCAGCCUGUCGGCGACUUUCUCCACGAGUUCAAUGCCAGCGUGGGCCAGUUGUCCCAGUCGCUCGCGGCUCUCCAGGCCCAAUCGCAGGACUUGUCGCUGAAUGUAGACUACCAGCGGAACAUCGUAGAGAGACUCAAUCCGAUCUUGUUGGAUCUCAUGAUCCCCCCCUCGGUGGCUGUUUCCAUUGCCAGUGAUCCUGUCGAUGAGAAAUGGAUCGAGAACAUCCGCUUCAUCUCCGAGAAACAGCAGCUCAUCCUGAAAAUUAACCGAGACUCAUCUUUCGAGCAGUACAAAAACACAAAGGCGCUCGAAGACUUGACAAGAGGCUUGGCCAUCAUCGAAGACAAAGCGGUCGAGCGGGUCCGUGACCAUCUCAUCAAACAAAUCCGCCAGCUACGCCUGUCCGUCAAGACAUCGUCCCAGGUGAUCCAGGAGAGACUUCUGCGAGUAAAAGAGGCCUUUUCCUUCCUCAAGAUGCGCCAGCCACAGUUGGCAAACCAGCUACAAUUGGCCUACAUCUACACCAUGAAAUGGUACUACACUGCUCGCUUCUCGAAGUACUUGUACUCUCUACAAAAGCUCAAGCUCAAAAAUAUCGAUCUGCUGUUUGUUUUGGGCGGCUCAAAUGACCAUUCAGACGCAAAACCGGGGCUCUUUGGCUUCAUGGACACAGGCACCGUUUCCCCUUCCGGAGCUGCUUCCAGGAUCUCUCUUUCCGAGUACUUUCUGUCCGUUGACAAACGUAUGUCCAUUUUUUCCACCAGCGAAGACGAACAGGGCCGUAAAUGUAUCCCUUCACAAAUUGCAGAAACAACUCCGUUUUCCUACUGGCUGGAGUUUCUCUUCAAGCAAUGGUCGUACGCUUUGCUAGAUAACAUCAUUGUAGAAUAUCUCUUCUUCGUCGACUUCUUCUAUCAGGGUAGAGAGAAAUUUGACCACGUGAAUUCCUUGGACUCCUCCUCUUCAUCGACGCUCCCUGCUAUCGACUGGUGUCCAUUUAUGUUUGAUGGGAUUUUCAAAAUUGGCCACUCACUCGCCAACUGGUUGGCGACCAGCUCCAACCAAUCUCUCGGCGCUCGCCUCACAGCAACAGCAGCUGUAAAGGCCCAGUUUUCACCAUCGGCUCCAUGUGACAGCUAUGCAAUCUUGUUCAUGAUUCGAAUCAUACAAAACGCAAGUUUUGCUCUCCACAACGAAUUCCAUAUUCCGGUAAUGGACGAGUAUCACAACUCCUUGAUAUUGCUUUUGUGGCCACACUUCACCAAAAUCAUUGAUCUCAACUGCGAGGCUAUUAAAAAGAACAUAUUGGGAACUCAGUCACACCGGACUUUGGCCAAAAGUCUUGCCCCAAUUAACACAACGCAGCAAUUCGCGCUGCUUCUUUCCGGCUUGCUCAAAUUGGCAUUUGUCCAAGAGAUGGCAGAAGACAAGCAGGAGCAGAUCCAGGGCGAACCAAUAUGCAUGUCGAUUGUGAGAUUGCGCAAUGAUUACGAGAGUGCAUUGACAAAGACGAGUCAACAAGUGUUUGGAUCCAGCAAGGCCAAGGCGUCGCAGAGAGAGAUGUUCCUAUUCAAUAAUUACUUCUUGGUCACCACCAUCUUGCGCAAUGAAUUCGAAAGCUCUCCCAUCACAUUUGUUCAGGAACAGGUGGAGCACUUCUCGAUGCUUUGCGAAGCCUACAAGCCUAAAUAG